GUUAAAAAACCCCCCGUGAAAUUGGACGAGACGCGUCUUUGUUUUUCUUUCUUGUAAGAGAGGUCUGAGUCUGACUCCUCCUCUCGACUCUCGUUCUCACUUUGCUUUGUUUUCUCGGAAAUUUGUGCUUAAAUGGCGAACAGCAAUCUACCUCGAAGGAUUAUCAAGGAAACGCAGCGGCUUCUCAGCGAACCAGCCCCAGGAAUCAGUGCAUCUCCGUCGGAAGAUAAUAUGCGGUAUUUCAAUGUUAUGAUUCUUGGCCCUACACAGUCUCCUUAUGAAGGAGGAGUUUUCAAGUUGGAAUUAUUUUUGCCCGAAGAAUAUCCAAUGGCUGCACCUAAGGUUCGCUUCCUGACCAAAAUAUACCAUCCUAACAUUGACAAGCUUGGAAGGAUAUGCCUUGAUAUUCUCAAAGACAAAUGGAGUCCGGCUCUCCAGAUCCGAACCGUAUUACUAAGCAUUCAAGCACUUCUGAGUGCACCAAACCCUGAUGAUCCUCUUUCUGAAAACAUUGCAAAGCAUUGGAAGACCAAUGAGGCUGAGGCUGUCGAAACAGCAAAGGAAUGGACCCGUCUAUAUGCGAGUGGUGCAUGAUAACAAGACGGGAACCUUUUCUCGCAAGGUGACAUCCUGCGAUGUAAGUUACCAGUGGUUAUUUUCGAGUGGAAAUGAUAAAAAUUCAUGUCUGAACUAUCAAAAGAUUGAUCCCCUUCAAGAUGUUUAGCUAUGGGCUGUUCACUGGAUUAUCAAAAGAUUAAUCCCUUCAAAGUUGUAAGAUUAGAUAAUGAUUGGUGGUCUUUCACAAUCUUUCUUGUGGUCUUAAUUAUGAUUUGGUACGGUACAUGAUUUUCUCAUGUGCUCUGGUUGUGAAUGAAAAACAAAUCCUUUAUAUAGUUUUUCAAGUAACAAGAAGCUGAAGUCAAUUGGAAGGGAAGGAAUGGUUAGUAUCU